AAAUUUCCAACCCUCUUCGUCGUUCUCUUUUUCAGCCAUAUUUAUAUUUCUUCUCUAUCGAAACACAAACUGCGAGAGAAAACAGAACUAGACCUUUCUAAAUGUUCUAGACGUUUCAUUUUCUCUUUGAGGACAUCAUGCCAGCCAUUCACAUCGCGGUUCACCCUUUACCAAGAACAGUAGAAGAACUACAUGAAAGGUUAGAUAAUGUGCGCUUCUUUUCGCAAACAAAGCGUUGGACUUUGCGAAGCAAAGAAUCAAAACCGGAAUUAAAUGUUAUCUAAAACACAUUAUCUGCUUUUUUUUUAGGCUAAAGGAGGUUUCAGAAUUAAAAGAAAAGCCUAGUUACCUCAGGUAAAGUUGAAAAAUAGGAUUUUCUCUUAUUCGAAUUGUUGUACAAACUCCAGUGGGAAGGUGUAUUAAAUUAAUGAAGCUGGCUUAUAUUUGUAUUCAUUUAUAUUUUUCUUUCUCUUACAAGCGAUCACGGAAUAAGGUUUUGAAUUCGGUCAAUGUAAUUUGUGUUUAUACAGCCCUUCACUAGACUUGAACUUACGCGAGGUUUCGUUCAAGUGCAGUUAGCUUUCGCACAUGUGCAUGGCUUUUUGAUAUAGAAUGAAACUUACACGAUGUCCUGAAACAUGAACGAGGCGAGGACUUUGAGCUUAGAACUUGUUAUCUUUAAAAUCUCAAUAACGGACCAUUAAAUGAGAGGUUCAUUGAUGCUGAGACGUUUUGUGCUUAACAUAUUUCUUGCCCAUAUGUGUACUACUUAAACUAGCAAGCCUUCAUUGGUUUACUGGUUCAGCAAAUAGCUGACAAUCGCUGUGUUUUUGUUAUGUUUAGUUCUCCUGUACUUGAGGCGCUAAAAGAUCAAGUUAUAAAGGAAUGUGUUGUAGGACCCAGGCACGUGGCCUUUCUGUUGGAGGUAUGAAUGUUUGCAGAUUUGUCCAAUGUAGUAUGAGCUGUGCUCCACAAAAUAGUAAAAUGAGCCCUAACAAAAACCACAGUAACAAACAGUCUUCAUUUGCCAAAGUUGCAUAUUGAAAAUUGGGGAGUGGAGGUAAAUAUACGCUUGAUGAUAUCAUGAAUGAUUUUUCCAUUUCUUGGUACCUUGAGAAAACAAGGGCUAUGUUGUAUACUACUUUAAGAUGAAUUAGUUUUUUCUGUAGUUACAUAAAUUUCAUGGAUUGUAAUUUAUAAGUUGUCUGGUAUCAGGACAAUUUUCCGUGGAUAGAUAGUAAUUGUCUAGAAUUUGGGGGUUAGUCUGAGUAGUCCAGGGUGAAUUGUCUGGGAGGCAAGUUGUCUAACAUUCAGUUAUCUACAUGCACAACAUACUGUAGAUCUGUUGGAGAGGAAAUAUUGGUUUUGUCCUCUUUUUGAUGUAAGUACUUUUCAUUGUAGAAUGGACAAGUGUGUCGAGUGCCAUUUACCCUCCAUCCAGAGAGGCUAGAAUCAUCAUCCAGAGAUUUAUCUACUCCGUAAGUGUUUAAAAUAUUAAAUUAAUUCAAAAAAGGGUAAUGCUCUUUGAAGGAAAUUCAAUUGACCAAGAUUGAAUGGUUUAGGCAUAAUUUUAAUAAGGCUACUAGGCUGCAAGAUGUUUUGGUCCUACCAGUGUGACCCAAUGCGGUACGCUCUGCUGAGGAAAUAGGUUGGGCUCUAGUCAUGCUUUGAAGUCGAACAUCACAGACAGCACAGCGGUGUUCCCCUUAAAUGCCAACAUGGAGAGUUUUCUUUCUUUGCGUUUUAAUUUAAUAUAGUAUAGGUUUUGCGUAAUCAAUUUACGUUAACACAGCAGUGGCAACAUUAAGCUAUUGUACUUUGGUCAUCAUCAGUUCUUUGAGGUUACUUAUUUGAGGGAAUGUGCACUUAAAAAGUUAUUGCAGGGAGGGAUAUCUCAGUUAGUACAAGCAUUAAUGACAUAUCAACAAUUUUUUUUGUCUUUAUAAUAUUGUAGAGAAGAAGAUAACACAAACACUGCUGCCCGAUCUGCAUCUCAUGUGGUUUUACAUUCUGGUAUGUCUUUUAAGAAAUAUCUUUAAGUGGUUAGGUUAGUAAGGAUUAAAGAUAAAUUUUGCAAUUAAGAAUCAACAGCAAAAUUGAACAAAAUUCUGAUGUGCUUGCGAUCCCAUAGAGGCACAAAACUUGUGGUUUUCUGCUGGCUGAGGAAUGAAAGAAGCGGAAAACAUUUUUCUCACACACGGCUGGGGGUGUGGGUUUGAGUGUGCAGGGGGGUCUUCAGGUCACAUUGCAUUUCAGAGUUCAGUUGUUUUUGUUACCUUCCACCAUUGCCUGACCUUCCCCACCCACCCACCCCCCAUGUGUUUUUUGAGUUUUUGUAGGAUUUUAGGUAAUGCCUUAGUUCUGGUUAGUCUUGUGUGUUAAUCUUUAUCUAGGUUCAGUUUGUUAGCUCUCUUUUGGUGCUGUAACACUAAUGAUUUGUAGCGUUGAUAUGAUAAAGGUUGGGCUACAUGGUCAGCUUGGCAUGGCUCCCAGUUGUGUGUGAGAAAUUUUUGGUUAUUAAUAACUUAGAUACAGGAUUAGCAAAUCUUUGUAUACAGUGUAUGUUGUGGUUUAUGCUGUAGGUGUAAAGUUAUGGACGUAUAGUAAUUUUACACAAUCAGUAAAAGGACAGUUGCAAUGAAGGCUGGCUUCAGUUGUUAUUUUAUAAAAUUUUCUGGAGUGUAAAAGGUAAUGAGAAGAGUUUAGAAAAUUGUGUUAAAUGAUUUGCUUUCAUUUUGUUUACUAGUGGGUGGAGGAUCACGUGGCCAAGGUGAAAGCUCAUGGGUUCUUUCAAACAGCGGAGAGACCCUAAGUGGCUUAACAGGGCACCCAGUCAUUAGGUAUUACUAAAAUUAAUAUCUUCAAAAUGAAAGAAAGGGACAAAUUUUCACUAUCAAGUGACAGUUGGUUGCAGACUUUUUGCAUUACACUGUAUAUUGUUAAGAGCGCCUGGUGACCAGUAAGGACAUUUUGCUUGAAUUCUUAGUGACCCAGGCAUUAAUAAAAUGGCCUUAUUUAAUAUACCAAAACUGUUGUCAAUCUGAUGUAACUUUUAAAACAGAGCAAAAAGUACCCUUUUAACCCUGUAUAAAUUAUUAUUAUACGUAGGGUUAAAAAUAUGUGGAUAUACUGUGGCAUAAUCUUGAUAAAAUCUCUUUGAACUCUUUUGUAUUGUGGUCACAUAUGGCAGUUGCAAGUUGUGGUAAUCAAAAAUCACCUUUUAGACACCCUAACCAGUUUGCAGGAUCUCAGUUGCAUGUACAGUGUAAACCUGAUUAAAUAAUGUGAGAGAUGUUACGAGAAGAUGUAUUUCCAACUUCCUUUUAGUUCUAAUUAGCAGAAGAAUCCCCUACCAAAUACUUAAUACCUUCUACUGUAACAAAGUUGAUGUAUCAGGAAAAUGCAACAUUACAGAGUAUGGAGAAAUAUUUUCUUUUUUGGAUUUUAGCCGUUGGGGAUCUGCUCCAUCAGCCAUGUCAUUGCGAACUUCAGCUCGUACUCCAGUUCGUGGACGUGGGCGUGUUGUUAGAAGGGGUGCAAGAGGUGGCACAUCAGGAUGGGCCAUAGGCUCCCGCGUUGUACCUGCAACAGCUGUUCCUGAGGAACUUGUCAAUCAAGUCAGUGUUUUUUAAUCAUGUUCUGAAACCUUUUUUCUUUUGCUUUGUAUAAAGGUGGUCAGUACAUUUUGCUGUAUUGACCUUCCAUUAUUUUGUUUUAUUUUUAAAGGCUCAAGUUGUUCUUCAAGGCAAAUCAAGAGCUGCUAUUAUAAGAGAACUCCAGAGAACUGUGGGUUUCUAAAUACUAUCAUUUUACCACUAAAUCUUGCAAAAUUUGUUAUACACCAUUUAUUACCUGGUGUUUUUUAUUAUUUAUUGCUUUAUUGAAUUGAAUGUUGAGUUAAGCAAAGUAGAGUACAUCUUUAUUUUGUGAACCAUAUUGAUCACUUUUAUUGUGUAAUGAAAUACACCACUGUGCUUAAACAUUUUAUAAAAUGAUUAUCAACUGCUGAGAAUCUAUAGUGUAGGAAAGCUCAAAAUAGCUGAAAAAAGAAUAUAUAUUUCAAGUUUAGAUCCUGUCCACAGCAUUGUCCAUACAUGUUAAAGCAAUCCUAGUAUUUAUCACACAUAUAGACUAGGCCAAACCAACUAUUAACCUGUUUUCUUAGUACUGUAUUAGGUAUUGAAAUAAAUAUAAUGUUACUCAUCAGUUUUGGAUAUUUUUAUUUCAAAGAAUCUAGAUGUAAAUUUGGCAGUCAACAAUCUUCUUAGUCGAGAUGAAGAUGAUGGGGAUGAUGAUGACAACCCAGAGUAUUUACCUGGAGGUGAGUCGCCUGCAGCAGUCUCACAUUUAUUUAAUUAAAAAUUACUUACAUCAUUAAGUACAAUGCUUCAUGUGUGUUGUUAUAGAUGAUCUGAUGUCCCUGCUGGAUGCAGGCGUGCACGUGGAUGACCCAUCAUUUGUUGUGGAUCCUGAAGCAAUCUUUUCUGAGGAUAUGUUCUAUAGUUCACAGUAUGGUGCAAUUCACAGGCGUGCUAACAGCAGUGCUCGAGCAUCAAGAACUGCUGUUGAGAGGGAAGUGGAACGUGAUCGCGAGAGGACUAGGGAAAGAGAGGCCCUGAGACGCGAGAGGGAUCGAUGGUUGGGAAGCAUACAUGCAGGGAGUUUAGACUGUGGGUCUUCAAGCAGUGCUUCCAAGCAAUCAUUACAAGAUAAACUUCCUUCUAAAAGUUUCUCUGCAGAUCCUGUGAGUGUUGCAGAUCUUCUUCAGUGGUGGCAGCCAGAUUUGGUAGGUACAUGUAAUGUCCUCUUCUGCCAUGUCAUUUCUCUAACAGCAUUUGUAAGCGACUUAAGGGGAAUAUACGUACAGUUUAGUUAGGGAGUAUUGUGGUGUGUUUCACCUGUAAUUGUUGGUAGUAAAUGGUUUGAACAUCAUCAUUUAUCAUUCUAACACUUUGGUUUUGAAGUCUAGACCAUUAUUUUGUGCUCAUUGUUUGGAUAACUUGUCUGUGAAUCAUUUGAUUGAAACUUUCAUCUCUCAUGCCUAGGUCUUAGAAACACACAGUUAAACUGAUCACGAGUGAUAUCACUAGCUCAUUUUCACUUUAGAGUGAUCCCUUAACAAAAUGGGAAACAUCACUCGAAUAGUUGAUAUUAUUACCUUGUUUAAGGCCAAAUUUUACUUGUAACCACAAAAGCAGUGCCUAAAAUUAACAGCAUCCUACAUGUACCAUUACUAACAGUUGUAUGGGUUCUAAAUAUUCUGAUAAAUAUUAUUAAAUCUAUUUUUGGCAGGAUGGCAACUUUCCACAGUUUCUUCAUAUUGCUGCCAUGUACUCAGAGCUGAUCUGUGUUGGGGCUGAUGGUAAACUAUAUCAGUGGAAAUGGGAUGAUCCUCUGCCAUAUCAAGAACAGGACGGAGCAUAUCAUCCCAGGGCCAAAGCACUUGGACUUGUAGAUGAGAAGGUAGUAUCAGUAUCAGCCUCAUCCAUAAGAGCAUCAGUCCUUACAGAAUCUGGCAAGGUAUUGAGUUUUAAUAUUUGUUAACAUUAUCCAGGGAUCUCUGUGAGAAAAGUUAGGCAGGCAUACUGAAAUCUAGCCCUCUCAACACUCAAUUGCACCUUUCAAAUUACCCUACAUCUUUGUUGUAGUAAAAUUGAAACCAGUGAUAUAACUAGCCUGUGAACGGCAGACAUUUCUCCUUGUUCCUCACAGCCGAGUGACGUUUUUCAAGGAGGAACGUCUGCGACUCAGUGACAGAAAUUCCAUUCUGAUGACAUAAAUCAGUGUUUACAUAAUAAAUCCAGUAGGCAUGGGGUUCCAAAUGCAAAUUUGUUGGUCAAUUUUGGUAAAGUGUUGUGUUUAUCUGCAAAUGAGCUCCAGGAAAACUCAAAUGCUUCUUCUAGUGAAGAUUGUAUUCCACAAAUAUAUUAUUGACUGUUUUGUUAGAUUCAUUGCGUUUACAUUUGACCUUUGCGGCCUUUUGUCUUUUGUCUGUCAUUCAUAAACAAUAGCUAAAACUAUGAAACUACUCUGUCAACUAAUUUGUGCCUCUGACCGGAUUCCGGACAGAUUUUGCUAUGGAAUUUCUGUGGCUGAAUCAGAGACGUUCCUCCUCGCGAAACAUCCCUCAAUGGUGAGGAGCGAGGAAAAAUGUCUGCCUUUUGCAGGCUAUGAUAUAAUCUGUUUCAGCUGCUUAAAUCAACCAGUAGCCAGCCCUUAGGUACAUCCCUGAGUUUCUAAAAAGUGGAGAAGUGCUUGAGAUCAAAGAAGGCUCAAAUGAAGCUUUUUCUUUAGGUUGCCACGUGGGUGGAUGAAACUCUUUGCUCAAUUGCUGGCAAACUGGAACAUCCCAUCCAAGGAUUUGCAGAAUUUUCUGGAGACAAAGUUGUAGCUGUUCACACUUGUUCCCUUUACACUUGUGCACAGAUGUUCUCAGGGGCACUUUACUGGUGGUAAGUGGUUUUUCCUUGCUGAUCAUUAAAUAAGAUAAAAAUGGGCUCAUCGAAUUUGAUUUAUGUAUUUCUACAGGGGUGUCCUUCCAUAUGAGCAAAGAAAGAAACUUCUGGAGAAAGCUAGAGCAAGAGCAAGAAGAAACCGAACCACGUUCACCAGCUGCAUAGUUCGAGGUGUUCAGGUUUGUAAUGUAAUGGUAUAUUUUGGGAGUAGACUUGAAAAAAAAAAACUCAAAAAUGAAAAUGUAUGAAAGAUUUCAGGUUUUGACUUCCAGUUAAAAAGCAAACAAAUAAACAAAGUAACAUUAGUGAGCCUUUAAAGUCAAUCAUAUUGUUACUAGCUAAUUUAUGUAAGAAAUUUUACCUUCUCCAUGCUUGUUAGCUUGAGCUUCCCCAAUUAAAACUUUCUUUUAGUUCAAAUGUUAGAUUGGUCGAUAAUGGUUAGAUUCAAGAUUGGCAUAUUAUGAAACAUGCUUCUCAUUGUGGUGUUGGUUCAAAUGUAAACAAGUCAACAUUGUUAUUAUUAACACCCUUGUACAGUAUUUCACCAUGGUGACAUCAUUUCAAAUGGAAAAUAAAGCAGUUAUUGUUAGUAAAUAAUUUUGUUCUAUUGUUUUUUUUAUGGGUAGGUAUGUUUGCGUAGCUGUCCUUUGUACCAUCCUGGUUCUAUUGGGUUUAACAUUUCAUCUGGUAUCCCUCGUAUGGGCCAGUUAUUGGAGUCGGCAUGGAACUUGGAUGAAAAGUGUCGGUUUAAAGUGCUGCCACUAGGAAAUGAGAAACCUUCCUGUAAUGCACCUGCAGUUAUUGAGGAACAAGAGGCUGAUGUUCCUGGCUCUCUUGGACUCAGUAAGUUCCUUUUUAUAUGGAUCACUACUUAUAGUUCUAAAUAAUUACUGGCCGUUGUCCAAAUUACGGACCGACUAAAAUGUUAUAUUCUUCAAAAGAAAUAACUAAAUUACCUCUCUUUCAGAGCGUAAAAAGGAUCCAUCUCUAGACUCCUCAGAGGAUAAAUCAAUUCAAGAUUGGGAUCUUAAGGAUGUUAUUUUUGUGGAAGAUAAACGAAACAUACCAGUAGGAAAAGUACUUAAAGUGAGUAAUUUUUAAAGCUUUAAAGAGAAGAUUUUAGUGGCAAGUUCAACUUGAGCCUGGUUCACACAUUGCUUUAUUGUGCAUAACACCCUUACAUGAAAACUAUCAAGCAUUUCGGCCUAGUAUCUGCAUCGGCUGUCCUUGCACAGUACCCCUAAAGUUCAAUUAUGUGCUAAAUAUUUCCAUUUUUACAGUUUUAAUUGAGGACACUGUAACACAAAUUGAUUUUAAGGGACAAAAUGCCAACACUGUAAGAGUACUGUAAACUAGGCUUUAGAUAGUAAAAGUGGCAUUUGAUCUUCCCCUCCUCUUGACAAAUGUUCAUGCAGUAUGCACUCUUCCUCUGUAUUUCUAGGUGGAUGGACCUUAUGCUGCUGUGAAAUUUCCACCCAAAGAUAGCAGUCUCCAGGGAGCAAUUCACACCAAAGAAGCUGUGAGCAAUGAAGAGUCCACAUCUCUUCUGCAAGAUGUACGCCUUCUGCGAAAGGAUGAACUGCAGGUCAGUCUCCUUUGUAGGGUAUACAACUGGUCACAUGUAGAAUAUGUUUACGAUUUGGAAGCUCUGAAUACAAAAAAAGGUGUUGGUGAUGAUUUUCUUUGCUGGUUAUGGUUUCUGGUGAUCAAUUUUGUUUUUCUUUGUAGCUGGUGAAGUCAUCUGCUGCCAACAAGAUUCCUGACUGUAUUCAACGUACACCAAAGCUCUUGUCUGUUCCACAAGGGACCAGGCCUAUAGCUGUUACUGUCAAUUGUAAAGGUAGGAUGAUUACAGUCUGAACUGCUGAAACCCCUUGAGUUUGAGUUGGGGAUGCAAGGCCUGCAUGCUUUCUAUUAUACUAAAGGUUUCGGAAAUUUCAAUCAAGAAAUGAAUAAUACACUUCAGUCUGCAUUGUCUGGUUCAACUGAAACUUAUACCAUUCAAUUUUAAAAAAAUAUCAUUUCCAGUACCACUUCGCAGAGAAGAAGUCAAAAUUUGGGGCUAAGCGUAAAUGGAACGCUUUAGUCUGGUUGAAAACUUUGCUUCAAUUAAACAAUGUUGUUCUAUUUUCUCUUGGUUAGUUCCACAAGUUUCUUACCUGUCUGUUUGGUAAAAUGGCAAUCACCCUAUGUGUUUUUCUUUGUUAUGUUAUUUAUUCAUCAAUUUAUAUAUUCCUUUAGUUUUGAACAUUUUUUAUGGUGUUUUGUCUAUGAUCCAUUAAUGAUAUUGAGCUGGUUAUUUUCCAAGUUAGUCUGAGGUAUCUAUUACGUCUUCUGUCUUACAGGAGUUCAUGUAGUACUGAAGACAUCAUCAGGUGUUCGUUACGCCCUUUAUAGUUUAGCAUCCUCCAAGCCAGAACCUGGAGGAACAAUGCCAAAAGACUGUGCUGCCUUUCUCAGCCAGCCGGGAGGCAAAGCUGAUAUCAAGCUUUAUCCAACUGGAGAUGUAAGCUACACAAUAAAGUACUUAAACAAAGUAACAAGAGCUUCUCAAAAGACUAUGCUAAAAUGGAGGGCAAAGUUUUUUUUAAUUGAUAGAGGCCAAACUAAGAUUACGUCAUCAUAGACAAAUGUAGUUAAAGAAAGAAAUUAGAAGACAAAUGCUGAGAAUCCAGCUACAUUGGCACUAACCCUUACAAUUUUGUACCAUUUCUAAGGACAUCUCUGCACAGUUACACCUCUUUUGUCUAGUACCAGGCCGUGGGUAUGGUCUUCCCUCAGUCAGCAUUAAAGAAUAUUAAUUAAGCAUUGAUAAUUUAGCCUUGUCCAUUUUCAGUCUGAAGCACCACUUGAGACCUGUUUGUCUUAAAACAGAAAAAAUCUUAUGACCAUUUUCUCGUUCUUAAGACAAUGCAAGGAGUAGUUUUCAGAGACUUUCGACAUUAAGUGACUUGAGAAGUACAGUCAUUAUUCUUCCAUUAUAUUUGCCAGGACUCAUUGAUUAUGAUGACUGACAUCAAUGGAGCACUGUUUCCUUUGUCAAAGAAUCCUGUUGGUACUGUUAAAGACCCAAUGUGGAUGGUAAGUCAACUAAUGUUUGCCCUUGAUUUGGUUGCUUUCAUGUUGCAAAUAUUGAUGUCAAGAUUUCGAUAUGUACCCCACGAUCAGAGUUUUCUUUUCAGCAAAUUUAAAAGCAUAUGAGGAGUCGUUCACAACACUGUCAUCUGUUCAGGUUGGCUUUUAACCUACAUGAAUGACAAUGCAGGGACGAUUUUUGACAUGCUUAUAAUCAUGCCAGAAAGAAACCUCUGCUCACAGGGUAAUUUUUUAUGUUAACUUUUAUCCAAAGUGGACUAUAUAAAAGUAGAAAUAUUGCUGAUGAUGACAGAGGCUAAAUGUCGUAAUACUAUUACUUUUAUCCGUGUGUGCCCUUGUUUGUUAAUAAUCUAUGCUAAUUCAUGACUGUGCUGUAGCAGAGCCCGAUGGCCCCUGGCGCCUAACUUUUGCCCUCGGGCAACUAGACAAAUCAUAUGCCGACAAAUCAUAUGCCGGGCACCCUAGAUUUAACAGGUUCAGAGUACUGGGCUGCUAUCAGUUCUCCUUAGAGCACAGCCUUAAUAAUUCAUGAUUUCUUACCAGGAUCUUGCUCCAUUACAAAGCCUUGGUGUAGGAGUCACCUCCUUGAGGCCAGGAACAGAAUGUAAAGCUAGAGCACUUGUGGUUGUUCUUGCAGUAGAAGUAAGUGACGCUUAGUUAUUGUGUACAAUGUGUUUUAACAUUUUACCUUAAUAGCUGUAGUUAAGCCUUCCUUAAACCAAUAUUAUUAUGGGUUCACAAGAUGCUGGGAGGGAAUGACUCCAUUUUACAUGUACUUUCUUGCUUGGUGCUGUUUUGAGAGUAAUUUCUCUGUUUUGAAGUAAUUUUAUUUGAGUUGUACUUCGUGUUUGUUAUUAAUGUGCAGAGGAUCCAUGAUAGCAAUAACAAUAAUAAUUUUUUGGUAGAAAACAAAAAAAGUGAUGAAACACUUUGUAGCUUUUGGCAAAUAGGUUUGGCUUUUUUCUUCAUCAUUAUUCAAUGUUAUUUUCUUCUAUACAGACACAGCAGCUGAUGUCUCAUGUUCUCAGGAGUGACUAUGAUGCUAUUAAACUCUUUCUGGACUCAGUGGAGGGAGAUCAUGGUAAAACAUUCUGAUAUACAAGAAAUUUUACAAGACAGGGCAUCUAUUUCUAUCUGGUGGCCCAUUACCCAUAAUAAGCCAUCCAAAUGAAAUUCUUUGUGUUUUAUUUUACUCUGGGAUACAAUUUAGCAAUGCAGAGUCAACAAGUUUAAUCAUAACCCUUUCAUUCUUAGCCUGUGAACGGCAGACAUUUCUCCUCGCUCAUCGACACUGAGGGACGUUUUGCGAGGAGGAAAUCAAUGUUUACAUAAUAAAUCCGGUAGUCAUGGGGUUCUAAAUGCAAAUUUGUUCAAUUUUGCGUUUCUCCUGGUCGAUCUUGGUAAAGCGUUGUGUUGAUCUGCGCAUGAGCUCCAGCAAAACUCAAAUGCUUCUUCUAGAGAAGACUAUAUUCCACAAAAUAAUAUUGACUGUUUUGUUGGAGAUUCAUCGCGUUUACAAUUGACCUUUGCGGCCUUUUGUCUGUCAUUCAUAAACAAUAGCUAGAACAAUGAAACUGCUCCGUCGACCAAUUAGCGCUUCUGACCGGAUUCCGGACAGAUUUUGCGUAAUCAGUAUGGAAUUUCUGUUGCUGAGUCGCAGACGUUCCUCCUCACGAAACGUCCCUCAGCGGCGAUGAGCGAGGAGAAAUGUCUGCCGUUCGCAGGCUAUUUCAUUCUUUUUUAUGAUGAUUUUUCCUUAUUUUAAACAAAAUGUAAUACAUCAUUACUGUCAAUAAUGCUUGUCAACUUGAUUCGCAUUUACCUUAACAGAAAAUAAACAGAGCAUCCUAGAAGCAGCGUUGCUUGAAAGAUGUGAUGGUAACAGGAACAUUGUUCAUGCAUGUGUGUCAAGGAGUUUGCCUUUGUCUGCUCAUGAGGCUGGUGAGAACACUGGUUCUUCCUCCAGUGGUGUGGCACUUGGUAAUAAACUGGAGUCCAUCAAAGGUGCUGUGGAUGCUCUUGCUGCAGCUGUAGCAGCAGCAGCCGCUGCAGUCCGUUCAAAUGGUAAGAAUUUGUGAGUUAUUGUACAGUAAGUUAUUAAAAGGAACAAUGUUCGAAGUGUUUUCCUUGAUUUAUUGAUUGAUAAAAUUAAUCUGUGAGCUAGAUUGUCAUUGUGUAAUGUAGGAAUUGAUAUUUAAUGACAAUGCAUAGUAAAGUAGUAAAUAUUGAUAAUUAUUAUCAGUUAUAAAAUAACUAAGAUAGUACACACGCUCUGAUUGGCCGAGAGGAGUAUUUGCAUGAGAGUAUGUAAACAUGGUUGUGGCAUCAAGAUGUUUUGCUUUUCGCGCGCUAAUCACGCAAGUACGAAUUUGAAAAAGUUUUCAAGUUAAAAACUCUGCAAGUUUACUUUAUUCACCUAUCCCUUCAUCGGCUGAAACGGGGCAAAUUGUUGCAAAGAAGGUGUGUCAAUUUUUUUUCACUUAAACUGACUCUUUAAGCGAGAAAAGUCCAUAUUUUGGAAAGCAUCUUUUUGCAAAACAAGAAUUUAUUACACGUGCAAGACUUUGUGGACAAGACUUUGCAACUGGUAAGAAUUUCCCUUUUAAUCAGUGCCAUAAUUGUGCAUUUUUUCAAGGGAAAAUUAUUUUAUAAAAGCAAUAGAAAACUCUUUUUCCUGUGUUUGCAUAGCCUGAUACAAACACUCAAGGCGUUGCGAGAAUUUUCGACAGUUAUGCAAACCCGAGACGAAGUCAAGGGUUUGCAUAACUGUCGAGAAUUCUCCCAACUCCUCUCAUGUUUAUAUCAGGCUAUACAAACACGGAAAAAAUUUUCUAUUGCUUAACUAACAUAGUCCUUUAAGAAGCCACAGGGUUUUGUAAGACAUUUUUACCUGUAUCCAAAAAUGCACAUAUCCUAGACCUUGGCUUCUUCAUAUCACCCACAAUUAUUUCCAUAUCAUUCCAUGUUUGACAGAAUUGCUUGUGUUCAGGUCAUGAGUCAAAGGGCAUGAAUCUUUCAGUGCAUUUCUGUACAUAACUUAGUUGUGUCAAACCACACCGAGGCAUUUUACUAGGCCGAACAUCUGGCAUUAUGUAGUUAACAAUUGGUCUCAGUUUGCCCUUACUGCAAUUUUCAAAAACACAAAUUUUUAAGUGUAAAAGCCAACUGAGGUUUGUGUUUUUAGUUGCCGUCAAUCAUCUUAGCAGACCUCUUAGGAACAGCAAUUUAUUUGAGUGGGUUCAAAAGGUCAUUGUUUGUGAUUGGUGGGUUUCGAUCCAUUUUUUGUGUUUUUGUGUUUCAAGGUGCGUUGCUAGAGACCAUAAUUAUGAUUGAUGGAAGCGUAAAAUGCAAUUCUAAGGGAAAGGGGUGGCUUUUGAACUUCAGAGUUCAGGUGUUUUUGAAAACCACAGUGAUGCCUUUCUGGACUGUAACUUGCACUCUGGAUAAAUUUUGUAAUGUACUUCAUUUGCUGUUCGCAAUCUGCACUUAUAUACUACUCAGUUGCAGCUUCUAGCCUGCACUCAUAUUGCAGGGUUCUCAAUAGAAGGCGGCACCCGGCGAUUGAUCGCCACUUACUUUGGGAUUUAUAGCCGCUUACUUUGUGUUUAAGUCGUUUUUCUUUGCUUUGUUUUGACACCUCUGGCUUUGCUGAAGAGCCUCCUACUUUAUCAGUGAUCACCUCCUACUUAAAAAUCUAUUGAGAACCCUAAUAUUGUUUACUUUAGAAUUUAGGUUGCAGUCUUCACUAUGUCCAGUAAAAAAUGUCACAGUUUGUAUUCUAUACUUAGCCUUAAUGCAAGUGCAAUUUGCAGGCUGAUUUUUUAUAUCCAGUCUAUAAACUUUCGACUGUUAUGCCUGCAUUAUGUACUCAGCAGUUCCAGAUUCUCAGAAAGAAAUAGUUACAGGACCUAAAAAUCUUUCUCAGAUGGUGUUUGGGUGGAGGCUGGGGGAGGUCUGCAUUAAAUUGGGAAACUAAUGUUCCAUGGUUGUUCUUUUACUUUCAGAUGGUGGUACUACAACUUCAGGUAAUAGCAGUACUGCUGGCUCUAUAAACAUUUCCAGCGGCAAUGGACGCAGUAGUGGUGGGGUAGCAGCAAGUAAUGGUGGCUCAGCAUCCAGAUUGGGUGUUCGGGAGAUGAUGCAGCGAGCAGUAACUGCUGCAAGGUCUGCAUCAUCUUCAUUGGCCGGACUUGAUGUUGAGGAGGAUGCUCCUAUACCCACCUUGCACUGGCCUCCUGAUGCGGGUACGGCUGCUGCUGCUGUGUAGUUAAAAUUCACCCUGCUACAACAACAACAACAGCUUUAUUUUAUUUCAAAGUCCUUGUUACAAAAUAAAGUAAAACACAACUGGCAAGUAGCAAAGGCUAUUCGAUGCAGGUUGUGUAAAAAUAAAAUAACAUAAAAAAUAAUAAUAAUUAGGUAGAUUCAUAAAAUAAAAUGUAAAGAAAAAAAGGUGAAGAAGAUUAAUUAGGUAAGACAAUAGAGCACAAUCAACGACACAAAAAAGGGCAAAAAUUAAGUAUGCAUGUUUAACAAGCAAAAUAAAAUACUAAGAGAAUGUCAGUUGUUGUAGAAUGGUGAGAGGUGCAAGAUAUUUGUCUUGGUCCUUAAGGAUCUGCAUAAGAGUCUUGUGCAAGUUCCGUAUUUAAGUUGUUUAAAACGUGUUGCUCUCCUUUUUAUCUCAUUACUGACAAAAAUUAGCAAAGUAAGAACUUAUCCGACAGUUCUGCAUUAUUAUAUUACUGCCAAUAACCUGGGGUUAGGGUUGGCCAAAAAAGAAUGAAUGAAAACAACAAUCAAAAGGAAUUGUGGAAACAGCAAAGAAAACAACAAUCGAAAUGAAUUGUUUUUAAUUGAAAUGAGUUUUUUCAAUUGAAAUGCAUUUUUGUUAAUGGAAAUGAACAGGAGCUUAUGAAAUGAAAUGACUUGUAAAUAGUGCUUUGAAAGAAUAUAUAUAUAUAUAUAUAUAUAUUUUUUCCUCUUCAACGAAAUUAAUUGUAAAUAGUUUUUAAUAGUUAGUUUUGUUAUCAAUAAAAGGGUAGUAUUAUUUUAGAUAUUAAAAUGGAACCGCAAAUUUGAUAUUCGAUAAGAAAUUGAGAACGUUAUCUUAUUUCCCUUUUUUAGUAGAAAACGUUUACCCUAGAAUAUAGUUUUUAAAUGAAAUUAAGUGCUUUUUAAUCAAAAGGAAUAAAUGGUGCUUUGACUUAAUAGUUUUUUUAAGCGAAAUCAUAAUAAAUGGGAUGUUAUAGUUAGCUUUGUUAUCAGUAAAAGAUUGUUAUUAUAAAAAUAAAAGUAAAAUAGACCCUUUAUUUUAAAAAAGGAAAACAAAAAGUAAAUCUUAAUGUUUGAAAUAUUGCUAUGGACAUAAGCUGCAGAAAGUGGAAGUCUCUUUGUAAAUCCUCAUUUUUUUACUUAAUAGAUGUACAGGAUGAAGAGACCAGCUCUCUGUCAGCUGCCUCAGCUUCAGCUGGUGCUGCUGGACCAUCAGCAGCUGCACCAUCCAUUACGGGUACUGCAGCAUCUGCUUCAGGGUCCAGCCAGCAAACAUCAGAAUCAUCUGGACAGCGAACCCAACAAAGCAAGGCUCUUAGCUGUCUGAAUCUGUUGUGUGAAAGCCCAGUGCUGGCUCCUUAUCUCCUCCAACUUUUAACAGCCAAGUAAGGAGUCAUUACUUUUAUCUAAUGGGUGUUUGAAACUGCCAAGAGUGUUGGUAUGAUCACUUGUGCAUGGGGAUAAACCAGAUCGUUUAUGACCCAGAGAGCCUGCAGAGUCUUUUUGGUGCAUUUUGGUUUGUUUUACACGGAAUAAGUCUCAUCCACUUCAUGAUUCUCUGACAUGUCGUAUUAUUCACUUUAAUGACACAUGACUUGUUGUUUGACUAUUCAGAUUGUAAAUAUCUGUUUCUUACUAAAGUGUGUUGUUGUUGUUGUUGUUUGCAGAGAUGCAGAUGGUUGUACACCAUUUAUGGCUGCAGUUCGUGGUCGUUCCUAUAAUGCUGGCCUCACUCUCUUUGCCACAGCCCAAUGCCUUGCGACUACCCAAGGAACUAGUCCUCAAAUAGAUAGGAAUAUCUUGAUGUCCAUGCUGUAUCCCAGUGAUAGCCAUCCUGAUGCAUCUCCUCUUCACAUGCUCUGCUGUAAUGACACUUGCUCCUUUACUUGGACUGGAACAGAACACAUCAAUCAGGAUAUUUUUGAAUGUCGCACAUGUGGUCUAGUUGGUUCUCUUUGCUGUUGUACAGAAUGUGCUCGAGUGUGCCACAGGGGGCAUGAUUGCAAGUAUGUCCUUUCUUUUAACAAAGAAAAACAGAUAACUCAUUUGUUUAUGCUGGCCAUUACUACGCUGUUGGCCCUUAUUGUUCAAAACAUGAAUUAUGCUAUCCUAGGAAUAAACUUGUAUGAAAAUCAACAGACAGUCUGGCCCCGGUUGUUCAAAAGUUGGAUAGCACAAUCCACCGGAUAAAUCGCUGUUCAGGGGGGAAGCAUUAGGGAAAUUAAUAGCACCAUCCACUGGAUAGAGAAUUAUCUGGUGGAUAGCACUAUCCAACUAACCCUUACCCAAACCUUAACUAAGGGAUGGGAAUAAGAGAUUAUUAGUUAAGAUAUUAAAGGUUUGUUUAUAGUGGGAAGUGCACUUACUGUAUCCAGCUAGUUUACAGGCACUCCACUUAAAUGACAAGAAACAAAUAAUACAAAUAGAAAAACCCCAACUGGUAGGAGGCAACCAGGUGGCUAUUUCAGUGAUUUUGUUACCUCUGCGUCCUGCGUCCCUGAUGCAUAAAAAUCCCCAAAGAUGCAAAAUAAUUCACCGCAUGCGUCCCAUUGGACGCAAACAUCGAUUGAUUGAUCUGAACAUGUUUUUGGUAGAAAUAUCCUGUUUGUUAAAUUUCUGUGGCAGUUAUUAUGGCUGUUGUUUAAUGAUGCAUAUUUCUUCUCGCCUUUGUUAUGCUUUAAAAUAGAAGGACUAUAUUUUAAUUUCAGUCUACCGCAAUGCAGAGUUUUCGAGUCUGUGUUCAGAUUAUAAAACUGUCUGGUCACAUAAAGGCCCAAGCAUUUUUAUUUUUUAAACCGGGACUCAUUGGUUCUGGACUGGGAAUCAUGAUUUUUCACAAGAUGACUCCCAGGACUCACCGUAACUAUUUGUAACAAAAUCACUGCUAUUUACAAGGGCAGACAAGGGUUUGAAGUGGGAACAACUGCAAGCAAAUCCUGCAAGUGGUAACAGCGGGACUUGAACCCGGGACUGCCAGUUUGUGAGUCCGAUGUCCUGAUAACUCGACCACGCUGUCCCCCCUUCUAACCCAUUUUCCUAGUCUGUUAAUCCAUUAAAAUGUAUCACACUUUGUAUUGAGGUUAAAGAGGACAGCACCUACCGCUUACUGUGACUGCUGGGAAAAAUGCAAGUGUCGUGCCUUGGUUCCAGGCUCCCAUGCUGCACGCAUACAACUGCUUAAAAAACUUGUGUCAGAGACAAACCUGGUUACAAGACCAAAUGGAAGGUAAAGGAAACUUAAUACUGUCACUGCUCCCCUAGCCUUCCUUCUUUUUACUUGUCUCGGACAGUCUUUGUUAUGACAUAUUGCAACAUUUGUAGUUGCUGUCGUUUUCUUACAAGCUGUUAAAAUGUAAAAUGUUAUGUGGUAGUUGCAAAUUGUCAGUGCCAUCCAGCUCUGACAGAUAUGCAGAAAAAUGGAAACUUCCCAGUAAAAAGAGGCGCCAAGUGCAUUCAAUUUAGUUACGGUUGAAAAAAUAGAAGUUAUGUGUGUUUUAAUAGACACUAAUAUCCGGCACAUUCAGUUCUGUGAACGUAUUUGUUAGUACAAACUGCUGUGAGAAGGCUUGCUUCUAGGGCUUAGAUAAAAACAUAUUUUUGCUAUAGAUAGUAUUUUUAAAAGUCCUUAUAACGAUUAAAGCUUUUACUUCACUUGCCUGUAAUGUUCUUAACAUUCAUCAACAAUAGUGUCAGUUUUAGAAAGGCAUUUGUUAUAUUUUACAGGGGGGAACAUUUAUUACUCUUCUUGGCUCAAACAGUAGCUCGUCAAACAGUAGAACAGAGGCAAUUCCGUCCCCACCGUACAGCUUCAGAUUCUCGUCCAAAAGCCAAGUCCAAGACACUGGGAGCAAGUGGGACUACCCCUCCCCUCCCUGAACAUGAUUUGGAUCCUCCAAGGUUUGCACGCAGGGCCCUGGAGUAUGUUCUACAAGACUGGAGAGCAGUUAGUGCAAUGAUGAGAGAUGGCUGCAGUGGUCCAUCUUCAGGAGAAAUAAGGUAUGACAUUUUAUUGUAAUGUGCCCUCACAGGAGCACAUUAGAAAGUGUAUGUUUUGAAACUAACUCAAAGUCUGCAGGUUUGCUCUCAAAUAAUCGCCCUUAUAGAUAAAGGUUAAAUCAUCACCCAGACAACAAACAGAUCACCAAAUUAAAAUUUGUAAAUCCAAGUUGGGUGCUUUUCUAGAUCAGCUGAAAGUAAUAUACGUGCUUUUGAUUUAAUAAUACCUUUAUAAGUUGAAAACAAAGGUGACGCUCGUAAAUUACUCUUGAGGACUUCUUAUUGAAGUGACUUCAUUGUAUGGUAGCAAAAGGUAGUUGAUAUGUGCCACUGUGCACUUGAAUAUUGAAUGAAGCAAUGAACAGUGAUUGAGUGGGUCAGUUAAUUGUUGAUUUUUUGAUAUCCUGUGAUCAGCAGCUUAUCAGAGUUGGCCGCAGCAGGCUCAAGCCGGGUGCUGUUGGAGCAUGUAGAUCGUUUGGCCAGCCAACCUGGUACUGUGCGAUUAGAUGCAUUCACUCAUUGUCUAGUGGCCAAGUGCGCACCUGAGGUAAUAUUUAUUAUUUUAUUAUAUUUCAUUAGAUUGGUCAGUUCUUGGCAGGGUCACUGCAAUAGCAUGAUACUAUUUACUGCAGGCCAGCAAUGAUCCAUCCCCCCUCGAGAGAGAAACCACCACAUUGGGAACUACGUCCCUUACUCUUUACGCGUGUAUGUUACAGGUCAAAUUUGAUUUCAUGUCAAAAUUUCUUAACCUAGGUUGAUGCUCAAUUUCCCUUGUCUCCUAACCCUGAUUAUGCGUGAAUUAGGGCUAAGAAACAAGAAAUUGAGAAUCAACCAGCGUUAAAAAAUCUUAACCUGAAUGUAAUUUUGACCUGUAACAUAUAAUUAUAAGGGAAAGACUUACAGGUAAAAUACCGUAAAAUUCCGAAAAUAAGCUCCUCCAUGUGUAAGCCCCUCCAAAUAUAAGCCCCCCAAACCAGUAACGCAAAUAACCCUCCCUUAAAUCGCCCCUCCAAAAAUAAGCCCUCGGGGGGCUUGUACGUGGAAAAUUGACCUCAAAUACAAAGUAAAACAAAGCAAAAACGGUAAUUUUACUUCCAACUAUAAGGCUAGCCCAAUCGAUUUUGAAACGCAAAUUUCCCUCCGUAGAUAAGUCCCUCCGAAUAUAAGCUCCUCCAACAAUAAGCCCCUGAAAAAGGACCUUUGAAAAAUAUAAGCCCCGUGGCUUAUUUUCGGAAUUUUACGGUAUGGAGUUGGUUUUCCAGGAUAAAUCUCGAUUUGUUUAAACAGCAGAGGCCGCGAGGAAUCGUUGGGUUAUGAUGACGUUUUAGCUCUAAACAAUGCCGAACGCCCGCAAGUAAGAAAUGGUUAGGGUGACGUAAACCAGAAAAUGGCCGAAAGGACCGCUUGGUUUCAGUUUGUGAUAUUAAUUGUACAGUCAUGCUUCGAUGCUAUUUUGCGUUACGUGUCUGUUCAGUGACAUUCUGUGAUGCAGCUGUUUUGAAAGUGUCAAAGCAAAACUGAAAUUUUCAUUUCUUUGUCUUAUUUUACUUUCUUAAACAAGAAUAAAAAACUCAACGUCCACGAAAGAGAAAAUCUCGUGUUUGAACGAAAUUAUGGAACGAAAGGCUGUAAGCUCGACACGAGUAUAUCAUUAAAAAAUCUUUGAUUGGAAAAUGAUUCAGAUUUUUCAGACACAAGUUUGGCUUUGGGGUCGUGAAUGUACGACUAUGUCCAGAAGCAAUUAAGCUAGCUUAUCAUUAAACGAUGGAAGAUUACUGUAUCCUUCGAAUAGAGGCUACAUUUUCGCAGUAUGGGGAAAGCGUUGCGUAGCAGUCCUUUUCGCGCGGCAGCUGGCACAGCGGUCCGUUUGCAAAAAAAAACCUUAAGAAUCUUUUGUUUUCAAAAAACGUUGUGAUUGGAUAAUCUUCUUCCAAGUGCCCCGGUUCAAGUAGUGGCACUGUUCUUUAGCUUAAUUAGUUGCAAUAUUAUGAAUUUCAAACCUAAAUUUCGAGUUGAUUAUCAAGCCUCUACUCGCCGGUCUACUAAAAUAGAAACAGCUCUAAAUUACGGGAAGUUGUUCUUUUCCCAAAACUUCAUACAAUCCUACUUCUAUAAUACGGAGUCGUGUCUAAUAGGCAGAUCUUAUCACCUAAUGCAGCCAGGCACUUGGUUCCAAGGUGCUGAAAGCCAACAGGGUUAUGUAUAUUUUGUAGAUACUUGAUCCUCUUCUGCUGACACUGGUGACAGCAAUAGAAAACUCAACUGAUCCUCAUAAAUCAGAGGAGAUGUACCUGGCUCGACGCUUCGUUCGGUCUGUUGCCAGAGUUUUUGUGGUGUUGGCUUCACAGAUGGCCCCACCCAAUGGGAAACGGAAAAUGUAAGUCACUGCCGGCAGUUGUAAAUAAAUCAUCAGCCUAACACAGACUAUAAAGUAGUAAAAUUGCUCUUGGAAUAGUAUCUCAGCUGUUCAACUUCCCACAUCAACUCAUGUUCUGGGUCGGCGGAACGUUUGGAAGUUUAAGGGUUCUAGUGUUAAGGAUAGUAUUGAAUUUUUGGAAUCCCAUGUAACCAAACCUUAUGAUUCAUGCAUGGCUCAGUCUAGUCUCCUUUCAGCUCUUGUGUGGAAUGUUCCGAUCAGAAAGAUCGUCACUUUAGGGCAUUUUACAAGUGAAAUUGUUGCAAUAAUCAUAACAAAUAAUAACUGCUGGAAUAACAAAGAUGGGACUAAUUUGUUCCUGACGUAUGGGUCAUGCUUUCGUGUGCUGUCUUUGAAUUCCAAUACCAGUUUUUUCGUUUGUUAAUAACUUGUUAAGUUAUUUGUUGUUUUUAUUCCAAACAGAGGUGCUGUUCAACCACUGAUGAAGUGCCGGCGUAUAUUUCAGUCUCUGUCUACUCUAGCUAUUCCAGAGCUUGUUCAAGUAGCUGAUGCAUUACUGGCCCCAGUACGCUUGGGAAUCUGUCUCCCAGCUCAGCCUUUCAGUCUUCUUUCUUCAACACUGGAUGCCACUCAAGCCAGUGAAGACUUGUUUACAGUGGAACCAUUGUCAAUGCACAGACCUUCCACGCCCUCUUCAGUUGAGGAGGUUUCCACGCAGGAACUGAGACCCAGUGUGCAGAGGGUGCGAAACCCAAGGCACAGCCGAAGAAGACCAGCGGUUACCCUCCCUCGAGCCACACAGGAGCAGAGUGGGGUGCCUGUGGAAGGAGCUCCAGUUGAGGGUGAAGAAGUUGAGGUAUUUAUAACUGUUGGCUCACAUUUUCUGUCUGCAGGAAAAGUCACAAAGUUGACUUGAACCAGGACCACAGGCGCGUACUUUAAAACGUUUACAACGUCCACCAUACAUAUUUAGCCUUGCCAUCAAGCUCAAAGGUGCUGUUUUCAUUUAAACUAAAGGUGCUUUGAGAGGACGUAACUCUGAAGUGGUUAAGUUUUUUCCUUGGUUCAAAUUUUUGUUUCCUUUAUUUUUCGGCAUGGUAAUUUAUGGUAAUGAGUUCAAACAAAGGAAAAUAAAAUCGAUGACCAGUGAUAUAACUGUAGCACAACACUGAACUCCCUGGUGUCAUUUGAAGGUUGUUGAAGGAGGAGAAAUGGAAUCUGAGAGUCACGGGGAGGAAGGAGGAGAUGAAGAAGUUGAGAGUGGACCAGCUGGUAAUGAAUCUGAUAUGGAUCUUGAUUUACUGGCUGAAAGUGAAAGCGACAGUGAAGAAAGUCAGGUCAGAACAACACUCUGUAGUGCUACUCUUCAUGUUUAAAGUGUUUAUGUUUUCAUUUAGUUUCUUAACAAAUAAAAGUUUGACAAAUGAAAUUAAAGAACAGGCAUCAUAUCUCUGUUUCGCUUAGUAGCUGUUUACCAAUCCAAAAUCUGCAUCCUUAAUGAGUUUUUGAUUGCAAUCUGCAGUGAUUAUGGGAUUCUUCGUUUGUCAUAGAUUUUGUUUUCUGUCAACUCUUUCGAGUAAACUCUUGUGAUUUUAUCUGGAAAUAGAUGUAAGAAGCUUGCACUGUCAUGACAUGCAUGACUACAAAUUAAUUGUCCUGUUUUCAGGUUGGCGAGGCCCAUAUAGUUGAAAAUGUACGUCGUAAUCGUGUACCUGGCUCACUGAUUGGCUCAGAUGGGAGUGCCGCCAGCAUGCAUGGUGAACACGUGGAGUUAUACUCUGAAGAAGAUUCAUCAACUGGGGAAGAAGAGGAGGAGGAGGAGGAUGAGGAAGACGAAGAGGUGAUGGAACAUGGCGCCGAGCAUGAUGCAUCCCAGCCAACAGCGGAGAGUUUAGAUAACAGACCUCCAACAGCAGGUAUGCGAUUCAGUUACGGGAUGAUCUAAGUUAUUUCACAGCAUCAUAUAUCACAGAUGAAAUCUUACCUGUUUACUUCGUUUUAGGUGCUGAUCGGAAUUCCACUCCUCAUGCAAUGCAGUGGGCCAUCCGUGCAAACACACAGUCACGACCAUCAGCUCCCCAAACAACAGGAGGAGGCGGCGGCGGAUCAGGCUUCAUCUAUGUUGACUCAGCAUCGCUUAGACGAGGUGGCAGUAAUGCAGCAGCUGCGGCUAGCACUGGAACGAGUGACUUGGGACCUGGGACCAGCGGUCCUCAUAGUAUGAGUAGCUCUGCUAGUGCACUGGCACGAGCUUUUGGAAUUGUUGUUAGGGAGGUGGGUUCUACUAUUAUUUGUGAUUGCAUCAGAGAGAAGAACCGUUAACGAGGGCUACUAACCAUGCAGCUUAUUCCUAUUUUAGUACAAAUGUAAAUGGUUUGGUCGUCUAGUUUAACUGGAUCAUGAGGGACGUCUCCUGGACGAUCAACCUACUUAUGAAAUGGAAAGACUGUUGGUGACAUUGUAGACCACAGUUAUGAUAUGAUGUUGUGCAAUUUAAUGGCUAGGAUCGAUUUUUACUGUUUUAUUUGUCACUCUACUUCCUUCCUGUGCAGAUUAUUUCAAUGUCAUUUGUCUGUUUUCUCUCUCAGCAUAAGCUCUAUUUAGGGCCGUGACAAUCCACUUGUUUUGAAGUUAUCAUAGGUGGAAAUACUUACUUACCAUCUGUGUUGUUUUGCAGGUGACAGAUCUUCUAAAUAGUGCCUAUAAUCCAUCAGUCCUUCCAGCUGAUUGUCUCUCCCCCAGUCCUCUAUCAUUAUCCGAGAUAAGCACAUUAAUAGAUCAACAACUGCAGGCUUCUUGGAACUGGUUAGCUAUAGUAUUGGAUUGUACUGAGGCACAACUGCGAUUUGGCUCUUCAUUGUCUGCGGCUACAACUGAUUCUUCUCAGCCUUCUCACACAAAUCCCAAGCCCAGUAAAGACAGGCGAAACCGAGAAGAUACCUCAAAUAUGAGAGCUUUAGAAAACAAAAGAAAAAGAUCUGCUGUUAGAAGGUAAGGAGGCAAGGAUAAGAUAUAGGUUUUAAAUUUCUAGAUCUUUUCAAAAUUACGACACAAAUAUGUAAGGUAAAAUAUAUUUCUCAAAAUUUUUAUGAAUUAAGAAAUAAGAGAUUAAUAUGACCUCAUGCCAAAUAAAUAGGUAUUAACCCUUUUGCAGCUUCGUAUCACACAGGCAACGUUUUUAUAACGAAGGCAAUAAGAUGUUUGUGAUGUUUCUUUACAACAGACGACAUGGUGGUACUGGUGGUGGUAGCCUUGAUACCGGUCGACAGGAUUUCCUGGUGUAUGUACUUUCCCUUUUGAGAGGUCAUUCUAAUGAACAUGGAGCCUCCUUACCUCAAAUGGAUGUCUCGUCAUUGCCACAUGUGGCGUAUGUUUUAGACGCUCUAGUAUACUACGUAAGAAAUAACCCUAACGCCAGCACGCAAGUUAAACAAUCAAGUGUUGAGAAGACUGCGGCAGCUGCAGCAGCUGAUGCAGUGACUGAAGAUGAAGGAGGUGAUGAUGUUGAUGAUGAAGAUAGUGCUAGUUUUAAAAGAGAUGCAGAGGAAUAUGAUGAUGAUACUGAUCAUGUUGAAGAUGAACCCAUGCCUACACCUAACACACCAGGACAUUUACACAGGUACCAGGAACGCAAGGCAAACAGUAUUUAACUGCUCUUUAUUCAGCAAACACCCUCUAUUAAGCCGCCAUAGUCCCGUUAUUCUCGUCCAUGCAAAUUAAUGCUGUCUGCAUUUAGCGGUCAGUUAGCAACUCAACAACAUUUUUCCAUUGUCUGCACUCUUAUCAACGAUAGAAAUGACGUCAAAACGUUCAAAACUCUGGUGGAAUGGUUUCGCUAAAAAGUUUUGAACAUUUUGAAGUCGUUUGUAUGGCAGGUAAGGGCGUAGGCCAUGGAAUAUUAUUGUAGAUUCGUGAAGUAGACGGUGGAAAAUUGUUGUCUUUGUGUUAAUUAGAGGUCGCGGCCACGUUCUAGAAGUCUUAGAAGUCUUUCUUUGUUAUCUUAAAUGCACAAGGGCUACAUUUUAGCGGGAACAAAAAGCCAGAUGUCAUUGUAAAGAAGGCAGUGUUUUAUUGCAUUAUAAGGGCGAAAACGUCAGUCCCAUGUGACCGAGUAGCUUGCAAACGCAGACGUAUUUCCUACUGUCGCUCGGAGAAUAAGCGACCUCCAGAAAUACGUCUCUGUUUACAUUCAAGCGCCUGAGCACCAAAUGAUUUGGAUCACUUUCGUUACUUCCUUCCACCAAUUACAGCAAAUGAAAAUAACGUGAGUAAAAUGGCUUUUAUACUUGUCUGCAGCUUCUUUGUGCGAACUGACUCCACCACGGUACUAGGGUGUACCCCACCAGACCCCUACCAGGCCCCUGUAGAGGAAGCUCUGCCACUCGCCUGUCAGCCUCACCUGCUUCAUCCCGGAGCACGCAGGGAGCACAUGUUUGGUACUGUUCAUGAACACUUUUCUGGUACUGGAGCUGCGGCUCAAGUCAACAGCAUGGCUUUGAGUUCAUCUGCUGCAAGACAAGUCAAGUCUAACUCUGAAGUAGGACAACAAAGCGCCUUUUCAAACCAAACCAAUGCCGGUGAGAAAGUACAAGGAAUAACGCCUCACCAACAAAACCAUAAUUCUCAUCAUGUUUAUAGUAUCUUUCGUUGUAUUAUUUUUUCCUUUUUUUAUCUUUUAUAUAUGUAUAUCUACUUAGUCUUUAAGUGUGAUUUUGUUUAGUAACUAGUUUAACAUGUUUCUAUAGCAGCGAACCAAAACACAUACAUUAUCCUUUCCUCGUGAUCCGACAAGAUCUUACAUAUACUACUGGAGCUAUACCAGCAUGGAUGAAACAGCUGUCCAUGGCAUGUUUCUGCAUCCCACCUUCAUCCUUAUUGCUUCGCCGUUGUUUAAAUAAAUGUGAAUAUAUUUUACCACCGUUAACAGAAGAUAUCCUAUCCUUUUUAUCUUUCAUUGUAGCCGCCACCAACAGCUCCUCAGAUGAUCCUGUAACGUUAUCUGCUGCUGAAUCCACAUCUAGAUCAAUAAUGCCCGUUAUAUGUAACGGAACUUCUGCAAACUCGCUGUUAGGCCGGUGGCGUCUUUGUGUUGAGAUGUUUGGUCAAGCUUUCCUUGAAGAUGUUGGCAGUGAACCAUGCUCUGUAUUGAAUGAGUUAGGAAGGUUUGAUGUAAAAGAAACCAAGUUCCGAAGAGAGAUGGAGCGUCUGAGAAACUCCACCCAAAGAGAUCUGACAUUAGAGGUUAUUUUUCCUUCCCCUGGUGGAUUUAUCUCUUUUUCUGAACAUCAGAAUAAACCAGUCUUUCAUUACUAACUUUAUGUUUUUGUUUUGUCCCAGGUUGAGCGCGACCGUUUAACAUUAAUUCAACAAACUAUUCGGCAGCUUAACACCCAGUUUGGUCGUCGUGGCCCUAGAUCUCGCCCCAUGACUAUUCAUCGUGUCAAAGUCACGUUCAAGGAUGAACCGGGCGAGGGGACUGGGGUGGCGAGGAGCUUUUACACAGCAGUUGGAGAGGCAUUUUUAUCUGGAGAAAAACUUCCUUCACUCGACACAAGCACAAGUAAGUCAUAUCGUACUUUGCAUCGUGAUUCUCACUUGUUAGAGUUCUUUUUCUUGCUCUUUUCUGUUCCACCAUGUUAACGCAGAAACUCGCAAAGUUCUUCAGUAAACGCAAGUCGAAAAAUAUUCACUCUUACAGACGAAGAUUACCUAAUUUGGGGAUGCGUUUACGUUUACGUUUGGCCAUUUGAUCAAUCAGAAGCGAGCAUUCAGUCUAGGGCAAAACAUUCGUAGACAGAUGUAGUGUUAAUUGCUCUUUUCAAUCUUGUAAUGUGUUUCCUUUUUGUUUGCGCACGGCUCCAACUUCCCAAAAUAUCAUGUGUGUGUUAUUUUAAUAGGCAUAGUCCAGCGAAUUCGUCGUGCUACGAGUUACCGUUACAAGCGUGAUCGUGAAGGGAGAAGACAGCUGUCAGCUGACGCACGGCCAUUUCACUUCAGUGGCAGCAGCAGCAGUGCUGAUGUUGAUGAUGGUGACUCGUUACCUUAUCACCGACAGUCGUUAGGAGAGAGACUUUAUCCACGUGUUCAUUCCUUACAGCCUGUGAGUACACACCCUCUAUCGAUGGUCAUCAUAUUGAAUGUUGAGAAUGGGGACUGAUUUACAAAGGGGAACCAGAAACUCCGAUUUCCUUUUGGAAAGCUUCAGAAGUUUUAUUCUCUCAUUAGUCUCCUAAGUAGAGGUUCCUUCUCUCACGUGGACAUAUAUACUGGCUGGUUGGUCUUAAUGAUACACACCCUCGUUGUUUGUUUUGUCAUGUAGUAACCAUUGUAACACUAGAGGAAGACGUAAGUUUUUUAGGCGUUCAUUCGUAAUUCUUGCUGUUAGAUGAAACGUAUAAUUCUCAUCUAAUUUGAACGUCACAACGUACGAACAAUGAGCCAAAGAGAGAAUUAAAACAUACCAAAUGCACCUACCCUUUCAGUCUUGGUCAGAAUAUUUUGCUGUUUUUUUCAUGUGACCCCAGUCCCUUGCAAGCAAGAUCACUGGCAUGCUGUUAGAACUCUCCCCUGCCCAGUUACUGUUACUGUUAGCAAGUGAAGACACCUUGAGGCAAAGAGUAGAAGAAGCUGUAGAACUUCUUCUUGUGUCUGGCAAGUAAGUGUUAUAUUCAAUUCUCUUAUCUUAAUUAGUAAUAAGCACUAAUUCCUCACUGUGAUUAGCGAACUGAGCUCAGUUGUUGCGCCAGUGCAGAAGUGAGUUGAGUGACGCGUGUUACAUAUAAACCUAGUAAAUGGCCAUGCGCGGUGGCUCAAAAGGAAGAAGUGCCCAACUGGUGUUUGUGAAGUCAUAGGUUCGAUUCCUGUUUGGAGCACCAAUAUCCUUCUCGUAAACAGCUGUUGUGGUACUGCAAUAGAAUAUUGACAACUUUGCUUCAUACUUAUUAGAUUAACUAGACUCAGCUAUGAUCACUUUGACGGACAUUGUACCCACAGACUCUAAACAGCCCUUACUCUUGACAUGGGGAUUACAACUAGGAACUUAGUUUGCUAAGAUAUUAAUUUUCCUCUCAGAAAACAUAACAGUGAAGGCGAGGAUGACACAUCCAGCUCUGUGGUGGACCUUGAUGAUCCUGAGGAUGAUAGCUCUCCGUUAUUUUAUCAACCGGGUAAAACUGGUUUCUACUCUCCACUCCCUGGCAAGUGUACAGAGGAGAGACUUAACUGCUUCAGAAAUGUCGGCAGGUAAGUGGAUGCUCAUCCUGUUGGAUGGGGCCUCAGUUGCUCAAAGGUUGAAUAGCCAGGCGCACCCAACGUCAAUUUUCGGAAAAUAUCUGUUCGGAAGACGAUUUGAGAUCUAGAAUUUUCGGAACAUUUGUUGUCAAAUUUCUUGCUUGCCUGCCUCUCCUAGGAUUUUUGAGCAUCUGAAAAAUGGUAUAAUUGCCCAUUUUUAACGGAUUUUUACCCUAAAAAGGUCACCUAGAAUUUUCGGGAGCCUUUUUUCUGGCUGAAAUUUUCGAUCAGAUCUCUAUAAUUUUCGAAUCACUAGACUUUCAGCUAGGAAAUCUGAACAGAUGAAAAAUUUUGGGGGGAUGAAAAUAUACCUAUAUCUACUGAUUAAAUACUAAAAUACGUUUAACAAUGCUGUGUUUAAGUGGUUUUGAACUAUAUUCUCGUUGGCUGCCCCUGAAUAGCGUUAUCCACCGUAUAACGGUUACGGAAACCAACUGCGUUAACCGCAAGUUAGAGAUCUCUCCACUGGAUAAAUCUCUAUCUAGUGAAUAACUCAAUUGGUUUCCCUGGUACUUAUUCACUAUAGUAGAGAUUUAACCAGUGCAUAGCACUAGCUACCUUUUGAACUGCUAGGGCUAGGUUUAACCUAGUAAAACAACUUUCUAUUUCAAGAGCUGAAGCCAUUUAUAGAUUAUUUGUUUCUAAGAUGUGUUAAUGAAUACUUUUAGUUUGACUUUCUGAAUAAAGAUUCACGAUUCCCUGUCUUUCCUGAUGAUAUUGAUAGCGGGUGAAUAACUCUUAUUCGCACCUUUUAUGUUAACAACGAGGCGUGGAUCGCUUAUUUUGUUCAUUUAUUUUCAGGAUCAUGGGAUUAUGUCUUUUACAAAAUGAACUAUGCCCAAUCAACCUCAACAGACAUGUCAUCAAACACAUCCUUUCCAGACGGGUAUGUAACGUGUCAUACCAAAUCCCUAGCUGUAUAGACUAAGUUGUUGUUGUUGAUGAUGAUGAUGAUGAUGAUGAUUAUGUACUCACUGUUUGUCUUUUCUUUGGCCAAGGGCCAACAGUUAAUGUUAGAAAUCAGCGCAACUUACAGAUAAGCUAGGUAUCUGCUAACAGUUUACUGACUAAUCUGUAGAUUGUGCGCGAAAUGCAUGGUUUCCAAGAGCAGUGCCAAACUGUGUUCCACGCGAUCAUCCUCGAUUAUAUGAGAUACCGCAAAAAAACUCAUCCAAUAAUUCACUUAUAUUUGAGCUCCUCAAUGUUUCUUAGAUCGGUUGGCACGAUCUGGCCUUUUUUGACCCUAUGCUGUAUGAAAGCCUACGAAAGCUGAUUAUGGAAGCGUCAUCUCCAAAUGCUGUAGACACAUUCAAGAGCCUCGACCUAACAUUUAGUGUGCAGAUGACAGCUGAAGAAGGCGAUGGUCAAGUAGAGUUGGUAAAAGGCGGGAAAAACAUUGCGGUAUGUCCGUCCAAUGUCCAUGACUAUGUGCGCCUUUAUGCUGAGCAGAGGAUGCUGGGAAGCAACGCAAAAGUUCUUCAGGUAGGAAACUGGAUCACCCACUUUAUCCUCCAGCCUUGACCCUUGUUGCGGUUCAUUGCACCUCUUUAAUCUAUUAUAACUACCAGUUUAUCUACUAAUGGAAAAGAAUAAUAAAAAAGCAGAACAACGACCAGCUUUAUUUUCAUCUUAGAGUACACUGACAUCCCCAAUAAAAGCGAACGCUUGCACUGUCGUAAAACUACAUGGAAAAGAGAAGUGUUAAUGUUGUGGUUGAAUUUUAUGCUUGAUUCAAGUUUAAUUUUCCUAAUUUUUUCGGUAUAGUAAUUUGUGAUAACUAUAGAGCUUGAAACAUAAAACAGGAAGAUUUGAACCAAGGAAAGAUUCAACAGAAACACAAAUAGUAGCAAAUUGUCUUUUUGCCUUCAUGCGUUUUACUUAAGGAAAAGUGGAAAGUGUGUAAUUUGGGAAUGGAAGGUGCUACAGCUCUGUUGUGAGAUAGCGCUGAACUCAGGUGUGUUGUUUUGCAGGCUCUUCGCAGUGGUGUGUUGGAUGUGGUGCCUUUAUCAGCAUUUGACAAUCUAACAGCUGAAGAUUUUCGCCUUCUUUUGAAUGGAUGCGGUGAAGUCAACGUACAACAGCUGACGAGUUACACUUCAUUUAAUGACGAAACAGGAGGUUUGUUACACGUCUACACGCAAAGCCCUUUGUUCUGUUGAUAUGUUUCGAAAUAUUGAAUUCACUUCCUUGUACCCCUGCUUUAAUUUAAAAUGAAAUCGAUGCAUUAUAUUUGCUGUUUCUUUCUUUUCAUAGGGGCUGGAGCUGAAAAGCUGCUCAAAUUUAAGAAGUGGUUCUGGUCAAUAGUUGAGAAAAUGACCAGUGCUGAUAGACAGGACUUGGUAAGCACCACAUCUCUGUUGAAGCAGUUUAAUGCUAUCUUUAAUCAUAAUUAGAAUGGUCUAACAGUUGAUUUGUUUCAUGUACUAUUGAAUCAUCUGAGACGUUAAUAGUAGCCUUCACUAAGAAAUGCAGAGAUAGAUGUAGUGAAGUGACCGCAUAUUGUUAAGUUAAGCUUUGAACUGCAUUGUUUAAAAUCUCAAAAUCUUCGCUAUUACCACAAAAAGUAAAUAUGCAAGUUUAGUUCUUUUCCAGGACCGUAGUCGUAAUUUACAUAGAAAGCCACUGAGUGACUGACAGUUUGUGUUACUGUACCUUAUUUUUAAUGUUCCUUUCUUUCUUUGAAGGUGUACUUUUGGACCUCAAGCCCGGCGUUGCCUGCAAGCGAGGAGGGGUUUCAGCCUAAACCUUCAGUGACAGUCAAACCAGCCCAUGAUCAUCAGUUACCUACAGCAAACACAUGUAUUUCUCGACUCUACAUUCCACUGUAUUCUUCUCGUGCCAUUCUCAAAAGCAAACUACUAUUGGCCAUCAAGACUAAAACCUUUGGAUUCGUUUAGAAGUAUAUAAAGAGAGAUAGUGCUGAUAUUCUUAACUAUGCAGACGAAUUCAAGCUUUUUGAUCAUUUAUUAGGACAUGUCUCUGCUUUUAUAUAUCGUGAUCUGCGCAAUUUUUGUUUUGUAAAUUAAGGCUACUAUGCCGUGCGUGUAGUUGUUGGGUAGUAUUAUUUUGAACCAAACUCCUUAUUACUUUUGUAAAGCUUAAUAGCAAUUCGUUUGAUUGCUGAUCAGCUGUAGAGUAUCAGAUUCCGGGUAUGACAAUUCACGCGCUCUACGUCUGAAAGCCAUUUACCUCAUAUUGUCGCGGAAACCUGAAAGUCUUGUCCAUGUGGCAAGUAAUAAUAUCGACUACAACAAAACAACAAGAACUUUUUAUCCACAAAAUCAUGUAUUUCGUACUGAACCGCAAAAUAUGUGUAUCUGCAGAUAUUGCAAGAAAAAAAGUGUAUAGAGAGGGGGAACUUUCAAAUUCAAUGUUUAGACUGCAGCUGUAUAUGCGUGAUUAAUCAGUUAUUUCAAUAUUGUAUAAAUGGCAGGGAGUGUCAACAUGGUCAUCCUUAAGCAAGAAAAAAUCUAAGAGUUGUCGAUGAAUUGCUGUUUUUAGUUUAUAUUUGCGUAAUAAAUUAAACGAUGAAAGUUUCACUUUUUGGUGUCAGUAC